AUCUUCUCUGUUUAUUUAUAAAUAUAAAUAAUAUCAACUGCAUUUAAUUCGCCUUCAGAAUUAGUUUUGUAGUUUCAGAAAUAAUACUUAUUUUGUUGCUGCAAUUACUAUUCAGCUACAUAUGUAUAGUAUCUGUCAUAAUCUUCGAAACUUGUUUUGUUAUCUCUGCUUCACUAGUGGGGUUUUUCUUUCUCUCUCUUGCUCUGUUUUUUCAGUAGUGCUCUGUUUUUUGAGGACAAAAAACAUUCAGAAUAAUUUUGGGUAUUUAUCUGAGUUUCAAGAAAAGAGAUCUGCUGCAAUUUAGACCUCUUUUUUUAAAAAAUUAAAAUGUAUGCUGAGAAGCAAGCAGAGGAAGCUAUUGUUUCAAACUUCAAUGGAACUGAUCGUGAUGGGGAGGAAGUUGAGAAAUUAGGUGAAGAAGAUCAUUCUGUUUUUAGUGUCAAAAGCCUGCUCUGGCAUGGUGGCUCUGUUUGGGAUGCUUGGUUCAGCUGUGCUUCUAAUCAAGUUGCUCAAGUGCUAUUGACACUGCCAUAUUCAUUUUCUCAACUUGGUAUGGUAUCUGGCGUAGUGUUUCAAGUGUUUUAUGGUCUUGUUGGGAGCUGGACUGCAUACCUCAUUAGUGUUCUCUACAUAGAGUACAGAAGCAGAAAAGAAAAAGAAGGUGUUAACUUCAAAAAUCAUGUGAUUCAGUGGUUUGAAGUGCUUGAUGGACUAUUGGGUCCUUACUGGAAAGCAGCAGGCCUUGCCUUCAACUGUACGUUCCUUCUGUUUGGAUCCGUCAUACAACUAAUUGCUUGCGCAAGUAACAUAUAUUACAUCAAUGACCACUUAGACAAGAGGACAUGGACAUACAUAUUUGGAGCUUGCUGUGCUACCACAGUUUUUAUUCCUUCUUUCCAUAACUAUAGGAUUUGGUCUUUUCUUGGCCUUGGGAUGACCACUUAUACAGCAUGGUACUUAACAAUUGCUGCUGUCAUUCAUGGCCAGGUUGAAAAUGUACAACACACUGCUCCAGCAAAGCUUGUGCUGUAUUUCACUGGUGCCACCAAUAUUCUUUACACCUUUGGUGGACAUGCUGUUACUGUGGAAAUAAUGCAUGCAAUGUGGAAACCCCAGAAGUUCAAGUACAUAUACCUAAUAGCGACACUCUACGUUUUCACCCUAACGAUUCCAUCAGCUUCAGCCGUCUACUGGGCAUUCGGAGAUCAACUUCUUAACCAUAGUAACGCAUUUUCACUUCUUCCAAAAGACGGAUGGCGCGAUGCUGCAGUUAUAUUGAUGCUAAUUCACCAGUUUAUCACGUUUGGAUUCGCGUGUACGCCCUUGUACUUUGUCUGGGAGAAGGUUAUAGGGAUGCAUGACACUAAAAGCAUAUGCUUGAGGGCACUUGUUAGGUUGCCUGUGGUGAUACCCAUAUGGUUUUUGGCUAUUAUAUUCCCAUUCUUUGGGCCUAUUAACUCUACCGUUGGAGCUCUUUUGGUUAGUUUCACUGUCUACAUCAUCCCAGCUCUUGCUCAUAUGCUCACUUAUAGAACACCCUCUGCUCGACAGAAUGCAGCAGAAAAGCCACCAUCCUUCAUGCCAAGCUGGACUAUCAUGUAUGUUAUUAACAUUUUUAUUGUGGGCUGGGUUUUGGUUGUUGGGUUUGGGUUUGGUGGAUGGGCCAGUAUGAGCAAUUUCAUCAAACAAGUUGAUACAUUUGGACUGUUUGCAAAAUGUUACCAAUGUAAACCUCCGGCAGGCCAGCCACCACAUCUGGCACCUCAGGCCACCGUGCACAACUAGGAACACCGACUGGGAUCCGCCGCGUCAAUAUGUUGGACAAGUCAACGAACGAAGAACCAUGUUCUUCAAAUAUUUUUGCAUGUAACUCAAAAUGUGUUGUGUGUUAAUCUUCAUUUUCUUUUGUUUGUGUUUCGAUUUUUUGUUCAGAUAUUAGAUGUGAUAAUUAACGUGUCGAAUUGCUGACUAAUUGGCUAUCAAAAGGAUUAGCUAAUUAAUUGAAUCAACAUAUGCUAAUGCUAAUUAGUUAUUUUGUCCAAUUUUGUGGAGGUUAGUA